CCAAAACUCCAUUUUUCCACCUUCUCUCUACCAAAACUCCCUCAUUUCUCCACCAAAUCAUCCCAUUUCACCACCAAAAUACUCCCCUCAAUCCCCUCUCCAUAUCUAUACCCAUAAAUCCCACUUUCCCCAAACAUCCACAAAAUCCAAAAACCCUACCCCAAAAUUCGAAUUUUUGGUUCUCAAACUCAAAAGCUUCAAAAAAUGGCUCCAAGGAAGAAUAGGGGAGAAAGCUCAAUCACCAUAGCACCCAUCCCGGGCUUUGAAGACAUCAUUCCCGCCGACGCCGAACACCGAACUAGACUCCUAGCAACAACAAAAAGGCAAGUAAAACCUUCCCGUUUUCUAUGCCAUGAUGCUCUACGAGAAUUAGGAGUCUAUAAGAGUAUGAAAAGGUUCUUUUAUGAGUUGAAUAUGGAUCGUAUUUUCAAAAUGAGAUACAACUCAAAUGCAAGAAUUAUCUAUGAAUUCAUAAGCUCGGUGCAAUUUGAGAGUGAUGAGGAUGAUUUUAGGGAUGAUAAACUCAAGUUUCGUUUAUUCAAUCAAAAUUAUUCGAUUACAAAACUUGAGUUUGCCGAACAUUUUGGCAUCCCCGUGCCCUACGAGAGAGCUAUCUCGGAUACCACCAUUUUUGGGCACUCCCUAUGGACAAAGAUGACCGGGGAAGUGCAAUUUAGUUCAUCCCAAAUGUACAUUAGUCAUGUCCAACACCCUGUUCUCCGGUUGUUCUUGAAAUUCUUAGCCAAUUGCUUGCUUGGCCGUCCCAACAACCAUCACACUCGAAUCGGGGACGUGUGUUUAAUGUCCGUGGCGUUAUUCCGUCGUCACGUGGAUUUUAAUUUGUGCAAUCUCAUGUGGGCACAUUUGAAGAAAGAAAGCUUAGCAAAAGGGGCCAUAGUUGUGGGGGGAGUGAUAAUGCACUUGGCAAGUAAGUUCGGGUAUACGGACAACUCUCCUAUACCCGACUAUUGCUUGAUGGAUAUGGGUUGGCUAGGACGCUCGGGAUGUACAUCUUUCUCCCAUACGGUUUAUAUUGGAGAUCAACCAAAAAACAUGUAUAAUUGGGUCAUACAUGUACAACCUGUCCAAUACUUCCUAAUGCCAAGCCAAGACACCCCCAAACUACGCUACAAACCGGAGUUCGAGGAGCCUCACUACCUAUUCCCUCACGCCCUCCCACCACAUUUCCAAGAGCCUCAAGCCCAAGAACCCCCCGAAGAUCAACCCGACCAAGAACCUCAACCCGAGCCACACGAACCCGAGGAUGCACUUCCCUACAUACCCGAACAAAACCCAACUUUCCCACCCCCCGAUUACUUCCAACAACUCCUUGAAGGGUUCAACAAAGUCACCAAUGAAGUUGGGAAAUAUCGGGAGGAACAAAGAGCGGGAUUCCAAAAACUAGAGGAACAACGGGCCGAAGACAACCGAAGGUAUGAAGAAGAUCAACGUAGGUUCUAUGGACCUAUGUAUUCUUACAUGGCUCAUCAAGGCCAAUUCCACACCAUGGCUCAACCACCACCACCCCCCUCUUGGUAUGACCCCACUCAAUGGGGCAACUUUGGAGGAUCAAGCUCCGGGGGUGGAGGUUAUGACGGCGGGGACGGCGGGGAUACUCAUAUGGGUGACGGAAACUUUGGAGGCGGAUUUGGAGGCGGCUUCUACGGUGGAGAAGGCGGGCACUAGGGACAGUGCGAAACUAAGUGUGGGGGAGGACUACAUCUUUUGGAACUCAUGUGAUCUCUUGAAGAGAAAGAGGAGAAGGCAAAGAAGAAGAGGCAAGAAGAUGGAGCAUAGAAGAUCAUAAAACCCAAGAAAAAAUAUUGUUUUGUAAAAUCAUUUUCGUAUUUCUUGGUGGUCUUAGUUCCUUUCUUUCUUGAACUCAUGGAAUGAUCUUAAAACUGUUUG